UCGAGCCGGCUAGUUCAGGCGUUCAGUUGGGACAAUUUCUCUUACUGUACGUCUCGUUUGUGAAGUGGCUUUGUGUAAGACAGUAUAGCCGCAUUAUAGUUUUGUUUUAUUUUUUUGGUUUGUAGUUCUAUUGUAAGAAGAAGCCUCAAUCAGGGCGAUCGUAUUAACAGUAACCUCAUUCAUCUACCGUGAUCUUUCAACGCCAUCCCAGUACAACUUGAUUUCCCGACGAAAGGAACGCGACCUUCUCUACCCUUUAGUUAUGAGUCAUGUGGCCGUGGAAAAUGUCCUCAAUCUAGACCAGCAGUUUGCUGGCCUAGAUUUGAAUUCAGCCGAUGCUGAAAGUGGUGUUGCUGGAACAAAAGGACGUUAUAUUCCUCCACAUUUGAGAAACAAAGAAGCCUCAAGGAAUGGUUAUCCAAGGUGUCAAUACCCAGCUGUAGAUGUGUAUAAGGGAUACGGUGAUUGGUGGUCCCAAAGAAAUGACUCCAACUGGGACUCUGGCCGUGGCGGGAAUGGCUACAUCAAUGGGAUGCAAGAUGACCGUGACGGUCGUAUGAAUGGUUAUGAUCGAGGUGGCUAUGGAAGCCGUGGUACUGGAAGAUCUGACAGAGGCUUUUAUGACAGAGAAAAUUCUGGGUGGAAUUCAGGCAGAGACAAAGAUGCAUACAGCAGUUUUGGCUCCCGCGGUGAGCGGGGCAAAGGAAGUUUGUUUAAUGACAAAGGAAGUGGAUCCAGGAGACCCGAUGAAAGUCGUCCAGAUGGCUUUGAUGGAGUGGGUAACAGAGGUAAUAACAGUAGCUUUGGUAGAUUUGACAGAGGCAACAGCCGUUGGUCAGAUGAACGAAAUGAUGAGGAUGACUGGUCAAAACCUCUUGCUCCAAAUGACCGUGUAGAACAGGAGCUUUUCUCUGGGAGCAACACUGGCAUUAAUUUUGAGAAGUAUGAUGACAUUCCAGUUGAUGCAACAGGCAGCAAUUGCCCCCCACACAUUGAAUGUUUUCAGGAUGUCGAUAUGGGUGAAAUUAUCAUGGGAAACAUUCAGCUAACCCGUUACACGCGCCCAACCCCAGUGCAGAAACAUGCAAUUCCAAUAAUCAUAGGGAAAAGGGACUUGAUGGCAUGUGCUCAGACAGGAUCUGGGAAAACUGCAGCCUUUCUUCUACCCAUAUUGAGUCAGAUCUAUGCAGAUGGGCCUGGUGAUGCAAUGAAGCAUUUAAAGGAUAAUGGAAGAUAUGGUAGACGCAAACAGUUCCCACUUUCUCUUGUUUUGGCACCUACCAGGGAACUAGCAGUACAAAUCUAUGAAGAAGCUAGAAAGUUUGCAUACAGGUCCAGAGUUCGCCCAUGUGUUGUCUAUGGUGGGGCUGAUAUUGGCCAGCAGAUACGAGACUUGGAGCGUGGUUGUCAUUUACUUGUUGCUACUCCUGGACGUCUUGUUGAUAUGAUGGAGAGGGGAAAGAUCGGCUUGGACUUCUGCAAGUAUUUGGUACUAGAUGAAGCAGACAGAAUGCUUGACAUGGGUUUUGAGCCCCAGAUUCGUCGAAUUGUUGAGCAAGACACCAUGCCACCCAAAGGCGUAAGACAGACUAUGAUGUUUAGCGCCACUUUCCCCAAAGAGAUUCAGAUACUUGCCAGAGACUUUUUGGAUGAAUAUAUCUUCUUGGCAGUUGGCAGAGUUGGUUCUACUUCAGAAAAUAUAACUCAAAAGGUUGUUUGGGUCGAAGAGAUGGAUAAACGUUCAUUUUUGCUUGACCUUCUCAAUGCAACUGGGAAAGAUUCCUUAACUCUUGUCUUUGUGGAGACCAAAAAGGGUGCAGAUGCACUUGAAGACUUCUUGUAUCAUGAAGGUUAUGCCUGUACAAGCAUCCAUGGAGACAGGUCUCAGAGGGACAGAGAAGAAGCACUUCACCAGUUCCGAUCAGGAAAAUGCCCAAUCCUUGUUGCCACUGCAGUAGCAGCUAGAGGUCUUGACAUUUCAAAUGUAAAGCAUGUCAUAAACUUUGAUCUACCAAGUGACAUCGAAGAAUAUGUACAUCGUAUUGGCCGUACUGGACGUGUAGGGAAUCUUGGUCUUGCAACAUCUUUUUUCAAUGAAAAGAACAUAAACAUAACAAAAGAUCUGCUGGAUCUGCUUGUUGAAGCAAAACAGGAGGUCCCGUCUUGGUUGGAGAACAUGGCUUAUGAACAGCAUCAUAAGAGUAGCAGUCGUGGUCGUUCAAAGAGUCGCUUUAGUGGCGGAUUCGGUGCCAAAGACUAUCGCCAGAGUAGCAGUGCAGGUAGCAGCUUUGGCAGCAGCCGUGGUGGUCGAAGCAGUGGUCAUGGAGGCAGCAGGGCAUUUGGAGGUGGCUAUGGUGGCUUCUAUAACAGUGACGGAUAUGGAGGCAACUACGGGGGCAGCUCCCAGGUUGACUGGUGGGGCAACUAAAUAGUCUGCAGCUGAAAUGACUUAUACAUGCUAAUAUGGAAACCACAUGUAACUUAGCCAGACUAUACCUUGUGUAGCUUCAAGAACUUGUACAUUACCAGCUGUGAUUCUCCACUGAAUUUUCUUUUCAAGGGAGCUCUGGGCCGCAAAAGAAAGCAAACAAUAGAAAUAUCCCCUACUCUGAAGGUGUUGAAGAUUUCAUUGCUGUAGUGUUGGAUUCAAACCCAGAUUACCCCCUCCCAACAACUGCAUUUAUUUUGACUGAGGAUAAUUUGUUUGUUAAUGUACUGUGCCUUUAACUUUAGACAACCUUUUUAUUUUGAUGUCCUGUUGGCUCAGUAUUGCUCAAGGUAUAAAUUGAGACAAAAUACAUUUAUUUAACUUGGGCGAAAUCAAACCUUGGCACACAGGCGUGAUACAACUCAAAACAGGAAUCUCUUCAUCCUUGCAUUUAAUAUUACAAAGAAACUUGUGCGGUAACCCUGCAUUAGUGCUUCUGUUGACUUGCCACUUUGAGGCAAAACACCUUGAAGCAUAUCAGAAGAAAUAAUUUCUAAUGUGGAACACUGUACCAAGUUAAGUUCUGAUUUGCUCACUCUAUCCUGGAAAAGGUACUCAAACCGGAAGUCUCUCUAUUAAGCCAUUCCAGUCACUUUUAGGUGUAUAAAUGUCCAUCAUACACGUUAAGCACUCUUUCCGAGAAUGCAAGUGAAUAUGGCAAUUCCUUUAACAAAGUUGAGGCAGAUCAGUAAACUUGUGAAUUUGCCAAAUGAGGGCCGAUCAUUACAGGAAACAUUUAACAAUCUAAAACUUUAAAUAGUUUUUAGGAGGUAUUGUCUAUAAAAUUUGACAUGCCUGUCCUGAAGAUAAAUGGAAUGGCUGGCCACAGCAGUAUAUGGCUCUGUGAUAGGCCUGGCUGAUUUUGGUCUAAACGCAUGCUAGUGUUAAUGUUUUUUGGUCAAGAGGAUAUGAACAGGAGGAUUUAAGCAGCAGGCUUUAUUUUAAUGCAGAUUCACAUUACUCUGUUCCAGCUGCAUUGAGAGGUUUAAACAUACUUGGCUUACAGUAGACUUUCUAACAUGGCUCCUGAAGAGUAAAUUAAAAUCAUAAGAUCAACAGUGGAAAAUGUACAUAACUGCACAAGGUGUUAAAUCUGCUAAUGGCGUGUGCAGUUUAGCCAGUUUUAGUUGCAUAUGUUUCCAUUAUAUUUAGUAUGUCAAUGCUAAAUCUGGCCAAAGACUAAUUCCCACCUCUAAUAUGCCUCUGCCACUUGAAAUUUUCCUUAAUUUGUGGUUGAAAUUUUAAACUUCAGUGGCAUGUGACGGCAAAAAAUCUACAGUGCAAUAGAUUUUAAGUGUAUUGUGCCUUGCUCUAAAACUUUUUUUGUUUUUUUUUUGUAGGUGCACUUGACAGUAUUGAGGUAAUUUGUUAUGGUGCUAUUUAAAAAUAGAUGUGGCCCUUGUACAUUUUGCCCAUAACUUUCUACAAACUUCUUUUAUUGCACAUACAGAGAAUUUUUAUACAAGUCUUGUGCGUGUCCUUUAACCUCAAAUCUUUUGUCUGAGAUGGCAAUACACUGCUAGGAGUGUAGGGGAAGAGUGAGAUUCAAAAUUUGGGACCAUGGGUUAUGGUAGCUUGGGAAGGAAACUAUUUUGCACACAAUGGAUUUCUAGAUACUUUUUGCUGCUAGUUUUGUGUAAUAUUUAUUGAACAUUUUGACAAAUAUUUAUUUUUGUAAGCCUAAGUGAUUCUUUGAAAGUUUAAAGAAACUUGACCAAAAGACAGUACAAAAACACUGGCACUUGAAUGUUGAAUGUCAACGUAUGCGUGAAAUUAUAUAUUUCGGGGUAGCGUGAGCUUUUAAUGUUAAGUCCUAUUAAACUCUUAAGUCAAAUUGAGCAGACCCAGUAUUGGCUGUGCAGCCGUAACUUUCUGGUGUAAUUAAAAUGAAAUUGGCAACUUAAAAUUGAACAUGCCAAGGUUUUGAUACACUUGUCUUAAGAUAUUGCAACACUUCCAAAACAGAUGUGAAGUGUCGAGAUUCUCAGAUGUUUGUUGCGUGAGUUUUGUUUAGUUGUGUGAUAAUUUUUAUUUCAGUGAAUGUCUGGCACAUUGCAAUCCUCAACAUGUGGUUCUCUUUUCAUACUGGUAUAUCAGUGACUUGUCUUCAAUGAUUACAUAUUAGCAAGGAAUUUUGGAGCAAUAUCUCAUAAGAUAAGGUUUAUACAAAUUUAAAAUAUGCAAUGAAUGAAUACAAACUUGCUAAAUGUCAAGAUUGACUCAAGUCGCUUUAGUUUAGUCGAUGCUUAUUGUACUAGUUUAGAUGCUUAGCACUGCAUGUGCUUUGCAUUACUGAUUUUAUUAAAAUAAAAGUUGAACAGCAAAACGUCA